AUGUACAAGCCCGUCCCUCCUAGGCCCAAGAAAACUGAUAUUGUUCGAUCGCGCAACGGCUGUAAAAGCUGUCGCGAAAGGAAAACCAAGUGCGAUGAGCAGAGACCAACAUGUGGAACCUGCAGGCGGCUGGGGAAGACCUGUGAAAUCAUUCGACCGGAGUUCAAAUUUCGAAUGGUGACAGGUCCGACCGCAGGCGAUGAACCAUGCACUGCAACGCCAUCUGAAGAGCUGCAGCCGCGGCACACUUCGGAACAAAGAUCUCUAAGCUUCACUCCAAUUAAUAUUGACAUCAUCCAGUCUCUACAACAUGUCGAAAGGGAUGUAUUUUACUCUACCUACUGGGAGGAUUCCUGCCUACCAGCCUUGCACCCCUUGUUUCACUGGACUUCUCGUCUUGCCGCUCAGCAUCCCAUCUUGAAUGAUGCGAUCUUGGCAUUGUCUUCUUGCAAUCUUAGUCGCCAACAUGCAGAGCGGAGGACAUCAUCAAUCAAUUCCAUGGGUCCAUUCAGUCCAAGUCUUGUCCACCAAACAAGGAGUCAGCUGUACUACUCCUCGGCUAUCAAAAGGUUCACUGCUCUCAAUGAGUUAGAUUACCAACAGAAUGCCACAAUAGUUCUAGCCGUUCUCAUUCUAUUCGCAUACGUCGAAUCGUCAAUGGGCAACUUUCAUGGCUUCAAUUGCCACGUGGAGGGGAUAACACGAUUGCUAUUCGAGCUCCCCGAGGCAUCCAACGACUCAAUGAUCAACGCCCUUCUUACUUCCUGGAUGCAGGUUCGAUAUGUUGUCUGGUGGGCGCGCGCCUACUUCAGCUCCAUUGAUGUGCAUCAGCAGCUCCCCUCGAUUCAUCUUCCGAGGUCAUUGACAGGCAACUCACCUCAUGAGCGAAGAGUGACAGUCUUGAGUAUCAUGUGCGAGUCGCAUCGAAUCAGUUGCCAGAGCAUACUCGAGCAUUGGAGCCGUAGCAUGGGACCCGAAAACCCGAGUUUGGAUGUGAAUGACCAGGAAUACAAGAGAUGCUGUUUUCUUCUUAACGAAGAAGGUAAGAGGCUCAAUGAAUGGCUCGGGAGUCUUCCCCCUUCAGAACAACCAAUAUAUACGGACGCGGUGCGACAUAUCGGGGAGUGCGAUGAUUCGACUCCUGCUAUAUACUUCCAAACACACGAUGCAGCGCUUAGCUUUGCAUACUAUGUGGUGGCUCGCAUAAUGCAGGGUACUGGAAUCUUGCGCAAUCUGCACACCAGAGACCCUGAGGACCUUGGACAUGAAUGUUGUGAAGAGGAGCCUUGGGUUCGAAUGUUGCUCCAGAUUGCCAAAGGCGUUGACAUGCGCACCUCACUCACCAGGAACAAUUAUACAAUUGGGUUCUCCGGUCUACUGCUGGCCGCUCUUCUCCGGUGCCAGAAUCCUGCACUUUGCCGGGAGAUCCAAAAUUGGCUACAACAUUUACAGGACCUCCAACCUACGGAAGAAGGAGCUUUUCCGGUUUAUCAAACCUUGGGUGUGGUCAAAGCUAUUAAUCAACAAAGAGUGAUGGGACGAGACAUAUUUGCAGUUACGCAGCCGCUGGAUGACGGGGGAGGGACUCCUAAACUGACUUCGUACAACAGUCAGUCGAUCGACAUCUUGCUCUUUCAUGGAAAAUCACACGUCUCUGGUCAGCUGUUUACAGAUUUUGUUUGUAUCGACAGACCUGAUAACAUGAUUGAACGAUUCGAUCCGUCAUAG